AUGAGCGACGAGAAAUCCACCAAGCGACAGCUGACCAUCAAGACGGGCGUCGUCAAGCGCCUCGUCAAGGAGGAAAAGUCCUACGUCAAGGAAGCGCAGGAGCAGGAGGCCAGGGUGGCAAAGACAGAGGCCGAUGGAAAGGAGGAGUGGGAAGUCAAGAAGCAAAAGGAGGUCCUUCAGGACUGCCUCCAGAUGAUCCCCGACUGCAAGAAGCGCCUCGAGGCGGCCGUCGCAGACCUUCAGAACAUCCUGGAAGGACUGGAAGGAGACAUUGCCGAGUCAGACGAAGCAAAGGCAGCGCGCGAUGCCAUCGAGUCGUCCAAGGCUCAGUAG